AUGGCGUGUGGACUGGCCUUAAAAAGGCCAUAUGAUUAUGAUGAUUAUCUGAUUGAGGGAAGUGAAGUGAAACGUGCACGUCAUACACAAGCACAUUGCUCCCCGUUCCGUGCUCAGUGGGGUACUAUUGCUGCGUCGUUGCCAAAUUCCAGUGUAGCAAAUGCAUUUCUUCAUCGUCAAGGAUUAGAAUUAAUGUCACUGCAGGAAAACGAUGUGGAUAAUAGUUCUUCACUUGCUCAUGUUGGCAGUAAACUACAGCUCUCACCUGGACAGCUAGAUUCUUAUCUUCGAGCUGAAAUACGUUAUCUUAAACGUCGUCAUUUAAUUCCACGUCGUGUGGGACCUGAUGAUGAUGGAAGCUCCAUUCACAAUGAAGAAAGACCCUUAAAACUUUUUAGGACUCACAUUACUUGUGAUUCGUCUUCUUCUAGUAAGGAUUCAGACCGAAAUUAUCGUGAGGCACCAUCGUCACCUAACAAUAAUUCGGGUAGCGAAUCGGAAGGAGAGGUAAAUAUUCAGAAAACAUCGCAGAUGAAGGACUUGUACGAGAAGCCGCAUUUCUCUUUGAAACAGUUCUCUUUUAUUCAGGUGAAAAUGAUAUGUGAAAGGCUGUUAAAGCAACAAGAAAUACGUCUGAGAUAUGAAUAUGAAACAGUACUAAAUCAGCGUUUAGAAGAACAGCAUGAGCAGUAUGUGCAGUUUGCACGUGAGCAGUUAGAGCGGCAGCAUCAGGACAAUGGGGCCGAAUUAUCAUAUCUCUCUUAA